UGUAGACAGCUCAGCAGCGUGCUAUGAAUGUUUCUGUCAACAUUAGAGGAUCUUUCAGUGGAGAAAUCAGGAAAUGUUGUCGUUUGAAGAGCUGAUGACUACUUUUCAGGACUGUGUGAUCGUCGAGGAUGAAGCAGCUGAAAAUAUCUGCCAAACUCUCAGCCUGUUCACUGAGAAACUGUCAGAAGCCUCCAGAGCCAGUGUUAAAAGAUGUAAGGAGCGCUGUUUGGAGGAGGCUGUUCAGCUGCUGAGACUCAUCUCAGAGGACCAGCUUCACUCUUUAAAGGAGGACAAACUCCUGAUCCUUGUCAGACUGCUGCUCUCCCUGCAGCUGCAGAUGGCCAACAUCUCCACAGCCUGCCGUAAAGUGGACCAGAUGCUGCAGCAGCUGGCAAAGGUGAAGCAUAGUGUUGUUUUAGGAGAGACCCAGCACUGUCUGCAGAAUAUAAUCCAAACUGAACAGUUACUCUCUUUGGAAAAUCUGCAGAGAGCCUGUAUGUUCCUGGAGGACAGCGCCGUUGGCCGUGAUGUUUGGCGAGAAUCCCUCGUCUCCUUGUUGAGUAAAGUGUCCGAGUUGUUUCCUGUUGUUCUGCAACAAGAAUCCCUCAGAGACGGACCGCUGUGUUACAUCACUGUCAAGAUAUGUUUGCAGACCUUCCAGCUGUUGUCUGCUGAACUGGCUCCUCUGGUAUGGGAUGAGGAUAAUGUUAGCCCUUCAGUGCAGACGAUCCUGCAGGCUCUGAUGGAUAUAAUACUUGGAAAGUGCUGCAACAGAGACACUCGUCUUUUAGCGGGAACAGCUGUGGCCAUGCUGAUCAACACGGCACCAGAGAGCAGAGCUGGAGAGGCUGCUGCCUGGAGUCUGCUACAGGUCUCACACUCCGAGCUGUGGCGUCUGACUGUCGGUGCUCUGCAGGUUCAGUGCACGCCUGCAGGUAGGGACGGCGUGGACAGGCUGGUCGUCUGCAGAGGCCUCCUGACCUGCUCUCGACCUCACAUCCUGCUCAGUUCACAUGAGAAGGACAUCAAAACAUGUUUCCUCCUGAAGGGUUUGUUCCCUUUAGUCUGCGCGCUGUGUGAGGAGAAGCUGGAUUGUCACUACUUUGCCUUUGAAGUUUUGACACUUUGGCUGAAGAAAGUCAAAGAGUGUUUGGCUGAAAUCUGGAAGAUGACGGGUGUUCCUCUUCUGACUGAUGGCAGCAGCCUGCAGCAAGAGCUCAUUCACCUCAUCUGGACCAAUGCAGAAAGCCCAGUGGAAGGUGUGGCUGAAUUUGUGCGAGCUGCCUUUGGUCUCCUCUUGGACAUCUAUGAGAUGGACUGUGAGCACUUCUCAGACACAAAGAAGACUCUCUAUAUGACUCUUCUUCAGCGAAUAAUCAAGCUACCAUGGGAGGCUAAAGCCAAAUAUCACCGCCUGUGUGCACUGCUGCCAUUCCUGGGGACUGACAUGGUGCUGGAUCAAAAUGCAGAAAUCCCCAGUCAUAUCCUGAAGUGCCUGUCGACCAAUCACCUUUCACCGUGUGGAUCAGAGCUCUACAGGUGUCUGAUCCUGCAGCAGAGAAGAGAGCUAAGUGUCGGCUCACACACCGAGCUGGAGUUAGCCAAUCAGUGGGCAAGGCGUUGGCAGCCCGUCGUCCACGAGGCUCUGAUGUCUGAUGUGACUCUUCUCCAGAACAACAGCGCCUCACACCUGUUACCCUCCACCUUUCAGGUCUUCCCCUCUGCUGUGGAUCCUCUGCUUUCCUCUCUGGACCCGUACUCGACCGGUCACCUCCACGCCUGGGCCUGCAUCCUGAGCUCGUAUCGAGCCGUGACGGGAAGAUCUCCCUGGACUCUGACAGGGAGCUCCACCUUUCAAACCCUCCAGCUCGCUCUCGGUUCUGCAGAUGACAAAGUCCGCCUCGCUGCUCUCAACCUCCUCUGCAGCAGCCCGAAGACUAAAGACACCCCGACCACAGAGGAGAUGUUGAUAUUGAGGAUGUUUAUCCCUCAGAACCUAAACUGUGAGUCUUCACCUUUUCGUCAACAUUUUCAGGCUGCAGUAAAGAAGUUUCUGGUUCGAAUCAGAGAUGGCUGCUUGGCACGAGUCAGAGGACAGAAGACCAAAAAGAAAGGAGACGCUAAGAACUGUGAGAGGACUGUGGAAGUACUGCAGGAGGGAAUAGGUUUUGUGGACUGGUUGGCUCAGCUUCCCUACUCCUAUCUGGCACCAGGACACAGCUAUCAGAGGAAGAAGACGGCGCUGCUGUUGCUGUCUGCAGUGCUGGAGACCUGCACAGACAGCUGGAGCCCCGACAAGAAGAAGGGACAGCCUCCAGCCAGUAUGGGGUCUCUCAUUCAGUGUGCCAGACAGAGAGGACUGUGGGAUUUCUUCUGCCGGACCAAACAGCUGAUCCUGAUUGGCUGUUUGGAGGAUUCUACAAACGAGAUUCGGGAGCUCUCAGCUGAGCUACUGUUGCGAUUCUUCCCGCCCAGAUUUGCAGACGACAUCACUGCGGCGCUGCUCACGAGAACCAAACAGCUUCUGUGCAGCCCUCGGGUGCAGGAGGCUCAAAUGGGAGCGCUGAUGAUGAAGGUGCUUCUUCACAAAUCACAGGAUCACCCAGAGGACUGCAGAGGGAGCAGAGAUGUUUCCACCAGCAGUGGAAGUCUACCUGAAGUCUCCUGCAUGGUCAGAUUCCUGGUGAUGGAGCUGGAGGAACAUUAUCUGACAGCCAAAGCGGACAUGAUGCUUGCUGCCAGAACCAAGCCAAUACAUGGUGUUCUAAGUGCCCUUCAGAGGUGUUUGCUGGAUGGACCCAGCAGUCCUUACGACACUCUUGGCCAUAAUCUGACCAUGAAGGUGCUUGACUUGAUGGAGGAAACCUCUCUGGUGCUGUUGGGCGUUCUGUACGGAGACGUAGACGCUUGUGCCUCUGAAACAGAUGCCCCGCCUUCUUUUUGUGAUAUGGGAAACGCCAUCAGCUCUCUAAUAGCACAGGCAUCCGGUGGAGGUCAGGCAGAUGGAGAGGAGAUUAUCCUGCUGUCUGAGGAGCACAGCCUCGUGCUCACCUGCUGCUGGGUCUCACUGAAGGAGAUAGGAAUCUUUUUAGGCUCUCUGGUGGAGAAAAUCCUGACUGAAUCCAAACCAAACCAGUGUCCUCUGACCAAAGAUGAUCUAAGGAGAGCAGUAAAAGUGUUCAAAAAUAUUCUGCUCAGAUGUCGUCACUGGGGGGCAGUAGAGGGAUGCUGUGUGGGCUUCACCAGAUUCUGUUCCUCUCUGUUGAGCAGCAGGGACCCAGAUCUGAAGGAAAUCCCAGCUCACAUGCUAAAACAAGGAUUGCAAGUCAUUCAGUCCCCUCGUUCGACAUCAGUGACUCGGCGGGCUGCCGGCCUGCCCAUGCUCAUCCUCUGUGUCUUAUCAGCAGAGGAGGCGAGUAAAUCCAGACCACUGCUAGCUCACAGUAUGCAGACUUUACUGGAGACAGCAAAAACCCCGGUGCCUGAGGACUGGGACCAGACAGUGGACCUGCCACAGGUGUGCGCGGUCCACACUCUGCAGGCUCUGGUUCGAGGUUCAGGUCUGGGUGCAGCCGUGCUUCAGUUCGCCCCGUCAGUAGCCGUCCUGUCACUGACUCUAAUGAGCUCUCCAUGCUGGGCCAUGAGGAACGCUGCUCUGCAGCUCUACAGCUCUCUGUGCUCCCGGAUGCUCGGUCAGCGUCCCAGUAGUGACGACGGGGGUCCCGCUCAGCACGGCAUGUCCCCCCUUGCCUUCUUCAUCCACUACCCUGCUCUCCAGCCCUUCCUGCUUGGCGAGCUGAGAGGGGCGGAGAAAGACCUGCAGGGUCCGUUUAACGAGGCCAGACUUCAUCUCCAACCCUCGCUCUACCCGGUCCUUACUCUAUUAGCACAACUCCAGCCAGGAAUCCACGACUCAACAGAAUCUCUGUCAGACUUCCUUCCUCCGUUACUCCAGCUGUCUGACAGUCCCAUUCACGGUGUCAGAGUGAUGGCCUCAAAAGCAUUGGUUGCCAUGACACCCCCCUCCGAGUACACCAGCAUCCUCCACAAACUGACCACAAAGCUUCCCGGUCCACGGGAGCGCUGCUGCCACAACCGUCUGCACGGACAGCUACUGCAGAUCAGAGCGCUUUCAGACCGAGCUCUGAGCUCGCACAGCGCCCCCUCAGCUGACCUGCGGGAGGUGCUGAGCAGGGUAGAAGCCUCGCUGUGGCUGGUGACUGAAGCUCAACGCUGCCCCCUGGUGAGAGCGGCGUACCUCAGCGUGGUGGAGUCACUAAGAGGAUUCCUCUGUGAGACUUUCCUGUCAAAGAUCAGUGAAACUCUCAUGAACGACCUCCAAAAACCUCAACAGCAGCUUCAGGUUGGGUCGUCAUCCUUCCUUCAAAAAGCUGCCCACUUCUUAUGCAUGGAUCUCAAGUGGGCAAGUCAAAUGUGGGACACCUUCCCUUCACUGAGCCUCGACCUGAAGCUCUCGUUGGUCACAUUGGUGGUGGAUGGGCGGGGCUUGCAGCACACCAGCCUGAAUGAGGCGAUCCAGAGGGUGUUACAGUCAAACCUGAAGGGGGCGCUGUUGAGCCAAAAUGUGGAGUACUGCAGGGCCUACCUGUCUGCUCUGGUGGUGGUGAUGUCUGAAGAUGCCUCUACUUCACUCCAACGUCUCCCUCAGUCUGCUCCGCUGGAGGAGCCCGUCCUUCCUGAAUGUGUGGACUUGUUGUUGGGGGAUUUGGAGGAGCAGCGUGGGGGUCCAGAGUUCCUGUCUCAGGCUCUGUGUGCUGCCAGUCUGCUGCUCUUCCAGCUAUGUGACUCCAGUGUAAAGUCAUCUCUGCUCCAGCGCUGGUGCAGCAUCCUAGAAAUCCAGCGGUCUCCAGACGUCCCUGAAGUUCUCCGGUUAGCGUGCGCCGAAGCUUUGUGUACAGCUUCAGAGAGACAACACAACAUCCCGCUUCUCAUCGUGGUCAGGUUGAUGAACACAGGCCUGUUCCUGCUGCAGGACCAGAGCCAGCAGGUGAGGAUGAAGGCGGCCUGUUUCACCUCCACGCUGCACCACAGGAGACGAGGGAUACCCCAGAGGAGCGUCUAUGUUAGGCAGGUGAACCAGGCUCUGCCGCUCCUGCUGGACCUGCUCCUGGAGGAUUUCUGGGACGUCCCAGACACACUGGAGGUGCUGCUGUGUCACUUGGCUCAGUCUGAGCUCAGAUUAGUGCUGAAGGAGGCUUCAGAGACGGUGUGUUCCAGUUUGUACGAGCAGGAUGAGGCCAAUGUGUUUGCCGAGCCUUCUGUCAUGUCGGCACAUGUGUUGCCUUACCUGCUGCAGAUGGCUGAAAAAUACUCUAAAUCCUCUGUUUUGGCACAGAGACAGAGAUCAUGGGCAGAGGAUAAUGCUGCACACGUGCUGGACGGACUUAAAGUCUGCAAAGAGCUGCAGCCAGCUGAGACUCUGACCCUGGCCUGGCUGGCUCACCUCAGGGACCCCCGCUUCCACAGCACCCUGUGUGGCCUCAUCACCAGAGGUGCCUUUCUCCUCCAGCUGUUGAAAACAUCAGACGACAUACGCCACCUUUGUGAUCCUCCAUCCCUGCACAGGAGUCUACAAGACGUUUGCAGCCUUCUCAGUCAGAGCGGUGUCCACUUUCCUGCCGCUUUAACAGCUGCUGUGUACGGAGAACAGCCACUAUGACGGCCUGUUACCACGCUGUACGUACACCAAGCACAGACGGAUGAAAUUACCCGUAGAUAUGAUGGGAUGCUUCUGACAUCUUCAAGUGCAGCCGUAUUCUUGUAUGAGUAUCUGAGCUGCUGAUGCUGCAGUACAGCAGCAGUUGGCUGGCAGGCUGCGUUAUGUAAGAGCUAAGAGGCUGCAGUCAGAUAUAUUUGUUAUCAUAUUUCCUUUACAGAGAAGAGACCCAAUACUGGAGGGCAGUGUGGCAAAGCAGUAAUGUCUCAUAAGCACCUGAGGCUUUAUUUUUAUACAAUUUUCACAGUAUACUGAUAUAUGAUACUAGAGAAAAUCCAGCUUGUUUUAAAAAAAGAAAUGUCCACUGCCAACAGUACUGGGAACUGUCUGGUUUUUAAUAGCCAAAGUUUUUAUGCAAAUUAGACAGUUUCGAUGCAGGGUUAAGUUAAGCCUUGGUUACAGCUUGAACAAAACGUUUAACUGAGCUUCUGUCCUUGUCUCAGCAUGCAUGCACCGUGGGAAAAUCAGGUCAUUGCUGUUAACCUUUCCCUCUUGACUUUGCUAGCCAUGUAUCAGUCAGCUAAACAGUCUUUUGUCAAAUAGCAAAGACUAAUAAGCUUUACAGCCUGAAAAUUUCAUGCCUUACUUUUUUUUAUGAUGCAUGUGUUACCACCAGAUUACUGUGAUGUCUGCAGGUAGACAACUUUGGGACUUCUGCUGUGGUUAGCAUUUAUACUAAUCAGCUUCUGGUGCAGAAACUUUGGUGCAUGAUCAGAAUUCCUUGUCCAAUUUAGAUACAUGUGCAAGAGUAAAUGGCUCUCCAGUUGAAUUUAUCUGACAGAGAUGAGCAACUUUGAUUACCAGAGGGGCCACAUUAAUUUUAUUGUCAAUGCUAAAGGCCUUAUGGGUACAAAUGUUGGGUAGUCUCAAUUUCACCAUUGUCAUUGCUAAUAUUUCAAUAAAAUGCAGAAUAUGUUUUUUUUAAUUUAUUUUUGGGCUUUUUAGUGCCGUUAACUAACAGAGGAGGACAGUGAAUAGAGUCGGAAAUGGGACGAGAAUGACCUUAGGCCACUAGGCCAUCUGCACACCUGAAUAUGUUGUUUUUAUGAUCAUUUAUAAUGCUUUGGAGCUAAAGUGUAAAUUUAAAUGGUCAAUUUAACUAGAUAAACAGAAUUAAAUCAAUUUCAAGCUUCUAUUUCUAUGUAUUGAACAUGAUAGGUACUUGUAAUUAUAGUGUAUUUUACUUGCAUUUUUAUUUUUUUCACUACUGCAUUCAGUGACUGGUAUAAAGAGGUUUUACAGAAACAAUUAUGACUACUUACAUCUACAUCUACAGGGGUGUCAAACAGUGGUGCAGGGGUUAGCGCUGUUGCCUCACAGCAAGGAGGUCCCUGGUUCGAUUUCCAGUCAGGGCCUUUCUGUCUGGAGUUUGCAUGUUCUCCCCUUGCACACGUGGGUUCCUACCACCAUUAGGUUAAUUGGUGACUCUAAAUUGGCCGUAGGUGUGAAUGUGAGUGUGCCUGGUUGUCUGUCUUUAUAUGUCAGCCCUGCGAUUGACUGGUGACCAGUCCAGGGUGUACCCUGCCUCUAUGACAGCUGGGAUAGGGUCCAGCCCCCCACCCCUCAACCUCCAACAGGAACAGCAGUAUAGAAAAUGGAUGAAUGGAAUUUUGCAUUUAUGGCCUAGACUUA